AUGAGUGAUGCAUAUGCUAGAGCACUCUGUAGGGUAGUAGUUGCCCAAAUUACAAGAGGAUACAGAUUCUCUGCGAUCAGUCAGUCUGCAUGUGAAGCAUUGACAGAUAUCAUUGGAUUAUAUGUUGAGGAAAUAGGUAGUAGAGCACAUCAGUAUUGUGAAUUGGCAAGUAGAACAGAAUGUAACUUUCACGAUGUUCACGAGGCAUUCUUGGAUAUGUCGAUCGAUAUGAAUGAGCUACACAAGUUUUUGAUACAGGCAGAGGAGAUCCCCUUUGCAAGAACCAUUCCCCCAUUCCCACUGUCAGCACAAAAGAUAACCGAGGCUCAACAGCAACAACAACAAAAACAACUAACAACCACUAUAAAUAAUAUAAAUACAUCAACAUCAUCAACAACAUCAAAUUUAAAUAACAAUAAUAACAAUAACAAUAAUAAUAAAGAAGAAAAUGAACAAUCAUCUUCAUCUACAACAACAACAACAACAAAUAACAAUAGUAAUAACAAUAGCCAAACAAAUACACAACAACAAACCUCAACCCAACAACAAGAAUUACCACCACAUAUUCCAUCAUUUUUACCGAGUUUCCCUGAUAAACAUACUUACGCAAAGACACCUCUGUUUGGGGAGGUUGUAACAGAUUCACAUACAUUAAAGAAAACAAAGAGUAAACAAAAGAGAAAGAUAGAACAGACGUUAACUAAAUUAUCGACUAUUACAACACCCCAACCUAUCACAUCGUAUGAUAUGAAAGAUCAACCUCGACAAUCAAGUAGAAAGUCAAAGAAAGAUAGAAAUGGGCAUCACAGAAGCGAUAGAAAUAGAGAUAGAGAUAGAGAAAGAGAAAGAGAUACCAAUGGAAAUACUAAUGGUAAUGGUAAUGGUAAUGGAACAACUGGUGAUGAAGUUAUAAUGGAUGAUAUAAAUAAUAAUAAUAAUAAUAAUAACCAAAAUGGAAAUAAUGUAGCAAAAGAAGAUGAACAACAACAACAACAACAACAACAACAAAUUAAUACACCGACACCAUUACAUGAUAUAAAUACAUCGUUUUACAUUAAACACGAUGACGAUUUGAAAAAGAUUGAAGACGUUCCCACUAGAAGAGCUCUGCUAUCGGAGGAAGACAAUGAACGUGUCAAGAAGAAACUAAAGUGUGAGAGAAUCCUUUCGAUGACUCACGAGAAUACUUCAUCUUCGCUCAACUCUGCCGCUAAUUCAUCUUUGGCCGCCGGUAACAUCAACGAUGAAGACCAAAAAGAAAACAGUAAACAGAACAGCAGUAAUUCAAAGGAUAUCAUAUUAGAAAGAGAAAAGAUAUAA